AUGAAGGAAUUCAGGAAAUGUGGGAAUCAGGCGAUAAAUACAGCGGGAGCACGGAAAUUUACUUACGACUUGUAUCCUUUCAUGCAACCAUUAUGGAUGAGAACCAUAAAACAGUCGAUGCUAAACUGCAAAAUUGAGGAAGUAGCUUUAGAAACCGAAUGCGACAAUUGUACAAUUAACUCGCCGUUAGGAACACUUUCGGGCAGCUUAAACGGAACGGCCACCGUUAACUUUAUCACCCUAAUCUGGGACAAUUCGUAUAAAGAAAAGAAAGACUGUGAGCUUAAGUUAGUAAGAAGCGGGGAAGGAUUACUUUACAAAACGAAUGAGGCCGAAAUCAAACGUUUACAAGACAAACACAGCCAAACAGAUUUUUUGAUCAACACAACCAUGCUAGCGUACUGCGGAAAACGACAGUUACAAAGUGUUAUGGGAAUGGAAAAAAUUUUGAUAGCAAUUAACAUGGCACCACCUACAGGGGAGUUCGAUACUACUAAGGCACAGAUCAAACAAGUGGCCUCUACGUUAAAAGCAGAAAUAGAAGCAGCAGCCCAUGUCCAGUACACCAGAGACAUAGCACUGGACUACGAAAAUAGACUAGCACGAGAAAUUCGGCGAUUGCAAUGCGAAAACAGGAAAAUGAAUCAUCACAGUGUUAUAGUAAGCGCGCAGUAUAAUGGCUGGUUAGCAGCUGCCCACAUGCAACUCCCAAGAUUUCAAGGGAGAAAACUAAUUGAAACGGAGAAAUUCGAAGCCGACAACACUUUAGCAACCCUUCUGCAAAUGCAUCCAGCAAUUCAAAGUAGCCCUUUGAGCCAUGCGUCGGUGAUGGCUGACAUCCUUGCCACCAUUCACGAACAUCAUUCAGAGGAAAACACAAAAGAACUUCUCACUUCCAAUGUCUUAAUUCACCAUAGCGAUGCCCCCCACGUAGAUUUUGUAGCAAAAAUGGGAGGGUGGAUAAAAAAUUUUGGAGCCAUUUCAGGCUUCGGGAUGAUUUCAGUAUUCGCCGUUAGAUUUUGUGGUAUCGGAUCCCUCCUACUCAAAGCCUUCCCAAUUAUGUCAAAAAUAUUCCAACUAAACUGCUUCAGCAAAACACCAGCAGCAAUUACUGCAACAGCCAUACCACCACCGAUUCAAAUCAUUAUGCCUCCUACCAGCAGUUCAUAUUCAACCAAAUCCACAGCCUCGGAACGAUCAACAGAGCCCCCACGCAGAAAGAAGAGGCAGCGAAACCGCCAACGCCCUAAUCAACCUGAAACCGAAUCCUUCCUCCAAGAAAAUCAAGCCAACCCUCCCAGACGAGCUUGA